AUGCAGCACGCCGAGGAGGGAGGAGCGAGCUUGACAUCCCCUACCUCGGCGGUAGGGGGUGAGCUUACUUGCAGAACGUGUGCCAGGCACAGUUAUAGGGAGGACAACUGGCUGCGGCAUGAACGAACGUACGACGCGGAGGAGGGAGGAGCGAGGAUCACGUGCCUGACUUGCGCCCGGACGUUUCCCCGACGGUCACAUUUGGUCCCCCACCAGCAGGUGCAUGGGAAAAAGAAAGAAUCGUACCCAUGCGGAGGGAGUAACACGACGUUUUACCGGUUGUGGGAUUGGAGAGUGCAUCAACGUGCUGAACACGGCAGGCGACAGUCAAAGACGCAAGCUCAGCUGGUGGAGGCUGUCGUCCAAGGCCGGUUGUUUGGCUUCGUCGAAUGUGACAUCCACGUGCCGGACCAUAUCAAAGCAGACUUUGCGGAAUGUCCACCCAUAUUUAAAGACAUCGAUGUGAGCCGAGAGGACAUAGACCCCACCACGGCGGACUUCGCACGGGUGAAUGACAUCAUGCCGGGUUCCAGGCGAAAGCUGAUCGGGAGUAUGUUCGGCACGGAAAUUCUGCUGGCAACCCCGUUAUUGCAAUGA